AUGGCUCCUCCUCAGAAGAAGACGCCCAAGGGCGGCUCCAAGAAGCCCUCAGCGAAGGCGAAUCAAGCCGCAAAGGCCACCCUCAAGGGUGUCAAUGCCUCCAAAGCCACCAAGAUCCGCAAGUCGGCCACCUUCCACCGCCCCAAGACCCUCCAAUUGAGUCGCUCGCCCAAAUACCCGCGCAAGUCGGUACCCCAUGAGACCCGUCUCGACCACCACAAGAUCAUCGUUCACCCGUUGAACACCGAGUCCGCGAUGAAGAAGAUCGAAGAGCACAACACGUUGGUGUUUGUGGUUGAUGUCAAGGCGAACAAGCGACAGAUCAAGGCGGCGUUGAAGACGCUGUACGAUGUCGAGUGUGUCAAGAUCAACACGUUGAUUCGACCGGAUGGGACCAAGAAGGCGUUCGCGCGGUUGACUAGCGAUGUUGAUGCGCUUGAUAUUGCUGCUACGAAGCUGUCUAUUGUCUAA